GAAAAUCUUGUUAAAAAAAAAAAAUAGAUCAAAAAAAUAUUCAAAAAAAUUUGAAUUUGAAGAGAGAGAUAAAUAUUUAAAAAAAUAAUUAUGUAAUCAAUAAGGCGAUCGACAUAUAAAGCAAGGAAACAACAUUUUAUUUUUUGCGCAAUUCGAAUAAAUCAGUUAAAAUAAACAUCAAAUGAAUGAUUUGAUUUGAUCGGAAAAAAAUUUCCAAACAAAGAUUUAAUGGGAUAAUUUUUUUUUUUCAAGUGCAAUUUAAUGGAUAGUUUGAUUCGAUAAAAUGAAGUUCAUUCUGAAUAAUCUGAAAAUUUUCCCAAACACAGAUCAUGUUAAACGAACGGCAGCAAUUCGAGCCACAUGCACCCUCGACAGCCAUGGAAGCAGAACCCCCUAGUCUUCCAGUUGAACUGCCCUGCAAUGCUACCGCCGAUGGACCGUCGCCGCUAAAUCACAUCCCACCUCCUCCAAACGCGCCGGGAAAUCAUCUCCCGGAUCCCCAAACCACCCUUGUAAGCCACGUCCCAGUACCCCAUCCCCAUCCUCCCAAUACACGAGUACCGUCGGAAAACCACCUCCCCGUCCCCCAAAGCGCCCCUGAAAACCAAAUCCCACCACGGGAUGACUGUGCCUCGGAGUCCCAAAGCGCAGGGGAAAACCACCUUCCCCGAGCGCAGGUCCCAUUGGAUGACCACCUCGCAGAGUCCCUGAUAGAAAAACACGUCGAUGACACUUCGAAGCGGCCGCUGGAAGACCACAUUGACGUGAUUCCAAACCAUGCUCCUGAAGAAAACCCUCCUACGGGGAAAAAGCGCCGCCGGAGAAAGAAGCAGUUCCCAGAGAUGGUUCCAUCUGCUACGGCUGUCGAUGGCCUGCGUGUUCUCCGUCCUCUUGUCAAAUCAAGCAUAUACGACGAGAAGAUGAUGGACGAGAUCAUCCAGAUGCAGAUCAAUGACAAUCCAGCGCCUUCUAAGAAUCGCCGGCGUAAGAUAGGCGAUAUCGCCAAGGAAAUUGAUAUCGAAGCUUUAAUUGCCAUUUCAGUAGGGUUCCCAGUCGAUUCACUCACUGAAGAGGAAAUCGAAUCCAACGUUGUGUCGACGCUCGGCGGAGUCGAGCAGGCGAACUACGUCGUCGUUCGGAAUCACAUCCUCACUCGGUGGCGAUCCAAUGUCUCUGCUUGGAUGACCAGAGACCACGCACUCGAAUCCAUACGCUCCGAGCAUCGAGGACUAGUCAACUCGGCCUACUCGUUUCUUCUCGAGCAUGGUUACAUCAACUUUGGCCUAGCUCCAGCCAUUGCAGAAGUGCACUUGAAACCCCAUGUAGGACCAGAGAAGGCGAACAUCAUCAUUGUCGGCGCAGGUCUUGCCGGGCUUGCUGCAGCUCGGCAUCUUAUCUAUUUAGGAUUUAAAGUCGUGAUAUUGGAAGGUAGGAAGCGGCCCGGUGGCCGGGUCCGGACGAGAAAGAUGAGUGGAGAAGGUGUGGUUGCUGCAGCAGAUCUUGGUGGAAGCGUUAUCACUGGGAUUAAUGGAAACCCACUAGGCGUUCUCGCAAGGCAGUUGGGAUUUCCUCUUCACAAGGUACGUGAUAUAUGCCCUCUUUAUCUCCCCGACGGAAUGACUGUGAACGCCGAGAUGGAUUCGAGGGUGGAGGUUUCUUUUAAUCAGCUUUUAGAUAAGGUGUGUAAGCUUAGGGAGGCUGUGAUGGAUGAGGUUGAGUCUGUAGAUGUUUCUUUAGGCACUUCUCUUGAAGCUUUUAGGCAGGUUUACAAGGUUGGUGAGGAUCCACAAGAACGAAUGCUCUUGAAUUGGCAUCUCGCCAAUCUGGAAUACGCUAACGCGUCACCGUUGUCUGAUCUAUCCAUGGCGUACUGGGACCAGGACGAUCCAUAUGAGAUGGGUGGGGAUCACUGCUUCAUUCCUGGUGGGAAUGGCAGGUUCAUCCGUGCGCUGGCAGAGAACACUCCCAUCUUUUAUAAUCGCACAGUGGAAAGCAUCCGGUAUGGAUUGGACGGGGUUAUGGUAUAUGCAGGUGGGCAGGUGUUUCGGGGAGACAUGGCUCUGUGUACGGUGCCAUUGGGGGUGCUCAAGAAAGGUUCAAUUGAGUUUGUUCCUGAGCUUCCACAGCCAAAGAAAGAUUGUAUUCAGAGAUUAGGAUUUGGGUUGCUAAACAAGGUGACAAUGUUGUUCCCUUAUGAUUUUUGGGGUGGAGGAAUUGAUACCUUUGGGCACUUAACAGAUGAUGAGAGUAUGAGGGGACAGUUCUUUCUGUUCUAUAGUUAUUCCUCUGUCUCAGGGGGCCCACUUCUGGUAGCUCUCGUCGCUGGUGAAUCUGCAAUCAAAUUCGAGAUGAUGUCCCCGGUGGAUGCCAUUGGAAGAGUUCUGGAUAUAUUGAGACGGAUUUUUACUCGGAAGGGGAUUGAUGUUCCAAAUCCUGUUCAGGUGGUCUGUACUCGCUGGGGGAAGGAUCGGUUCACCUAUGGGUCUUACUCUUAUGUUGCAGUGGGCGCCUCUGGGGAUGAUUAUGAUGUUCUUGCGGAGAGUGUGGGAGAUGGUAGGGUUUUCUUUGCUGGAGAGGCGACUAACCGGCGGUAUCCAGCUACCAUGCAUGGGGCAUUCCUCAGUGGGUUGAGGGAGGCCGCUAACAUCUUGAGAGUGGCUAAUAAAAGAUCCUUGGUUCUGCAAGAGAAAACAAAUAUUGUUAGGGAAGUCAGUGGGGAUUUGGCUACUAUGAAACUUUUGGUUCCAUUGGAGAAAACAGAUAAUGCUGGGGAGAAAACAAAUAUUGUUGGGGAAGAUGGUGGGGAUUUGGCUACUAUGAAACCUUUGGUUCCAUUGGAGAAAACAGAUAAUGCUAGGGAGGAAGGUGAAGAUUUGGAUGAGCUGUUUGCAAAUCCUGAUCUAUCAUUUGGGAGUUUUUCGGUUCUGUUUGAUCCAAGAUCGGUUGAUCUUGACUCUAUUUCACUGCUAAGAGUGGGGUUUGGGGGGGAGAAAUUGGUCUCUGUUUCUGUUUCUUUAUUUCUUUAUGGCUUGAUUUCGAGGAAGCAGGUCUUGGAGUUGAGUGCAGUCGAUGGAGAUAGCAAUAGAGUGAGGCUAUUGAAUCGCAGCUUUGGGGUGAGGUUGGCUGGGAGGAAAGCUUUAGCUCACGUCGGUGAAUCUCUCAUUGAUUGCAUAAAAUCAGUGAGAGCCAACCUCAAUAGGGGAGGCACAAAUGAAGCCCAUCACGAAUAAUAUAUUCUUUCACCAGUUGCAUAGGUGGGACUUCUCCGGCAGAAAGAUGGUGAUGUAGAGUGAUGGGUGGUUGAGAGGAAUCAGCCUGUCCAGGUUCAUUCCCCCAUUGAACCAAGUAUUUUUGGAAGGCAACGGCCAUUGAACAAAGAAGAGAUCAUGGCCAGCUUGUAUGGAAGAUAAAUUCCAGAUUUUGGGUGGUCAUUGCGUGGAGACUUUCUUUCCUAGGUGGUGGAGCUGUCAAGAAGUGCUGUCAAGGAGAUAAUUUAGGAUUCACUAUAACAACAGCAACAUCCAAAAUCAUAUCCCAACUUAAUGGGGUCGGUUACAUUGAGAUUCCAAGCAAGGACGAACGCGAGGAUCCAUGCGAAAAGAUUGACGGGUUAUGACUAAUUGUAAUAAGUGCCGGCUGUCAACCUGACGCACCACUACAAAUCAACCAUAGACUUAUAAUAAGGUACUAGCUGUCUACCUGACUUACCAUAUAAUUUAGGAUUCGCUGUCAAGGAGAUAAUGUGGGAUUCACUCUUACUCCAUUCCAUGCGUGGAGGACUGUUCUAGUUACUGUAGCUAGUUUAUUUUUUUAGCAAUAUUUAGUUUCUUAUUUAAUUGUAACUAGAAUUUAGGAGUUAGUAGGUUUAUGAGUGAUAAGGGAAAAGGAUCUAAUCACAAUUUGGGCAGGCCUCUUUAGGCUAAGCAUUUAAUUCCUUUUUACUUGGACUUGCAAUGUUAUAAAUAAAGAAGGGGCUUAUUCAGCCUCCAACAAUUUUAAUGAAGAAAAAGCUGGUUGUUUAACCAUGAGUGUGAGGUGAGAGACCUUCUGAGCUGUGAGGUGCAGUGAGGUGAGAGACCUUGUGGGUGAGAUGCCCAAUGGAAGAGAGAGACUCAAUUCAUCCUAUCCUCUUCUUCAAUUCUUUUGUUUAUAUUUUUAAUAUUCUGCAACACCCUAGUAUCUGAGGAAGAAUUGAAUCACUGUUUCUCCUUCGUAGUUGCUGCUGGAAGAGUCCUAGAGGACUGUACAAUUGAGUGCCGCUGAAACUGAAAUAUUGAAGCUCACAAUCCACCUACCUCUUUGAUGAAUUCCUCGAAUUUUCCUUCUAAGUUAAGCUGACUUUGUCUCAUGGUGAUUUCAUUUAAGUAAGCACUAGUUAUGUCAAUUAUGUUUCAGUGUGAUACAAGUUUAAUAGAUACUAUCCUAGCCCUCAUUCUUUUUACAUCUAUAACCUUAUUCUUUAAAUCUUUGUAUGUCAUGCAAUACUUCUUUUUUGAGAAAUUAAGUUAAUGUUGUAAGAAUCAUCUCCAUCUAGUGAUAAGAGUUCAAUUUGAGAGACUAGGUUAAUGAAGAUACUGUUAAACAUCAGUCAGGUCUUCAAUGUGAGAAGUUUUUUGUCAACUUGAAGUAAUGUACUUUGAUGACUAGUAUUUGCUUGGGCUUUGUUGUCUCUUUCAGUGGUAUUGAGUUGAUCGAAGAAGGUUAGGUAAUUGAUUGUUCAAUAUCUUUGAGAAUUCAGGGGGUAUGAAGUUGCCAUGGCUAGCUACCUUCUAAUGAAGAUAAACUAGGAAGUUCAAAGGUGUCUCUAAAGCCUUAAAAGAUAUUAAGAUAGUGAUAUGUUACAAUGAUUUGUCUGGAAGGAUACUCGAUUCCUUAAUUUCAGUGAGAAUCUUACCAAUGCUUACAAGGGUUACUGUAUCUGCAUUCUGCAAUGCUUAUAAUUGAUCCAGAGACCAUUGGAGACAAUCACAACAUUUGAUUGCUUUCCCAUGGGCUUUGUUAUAAAGGAAUAUCAAUGGGAAAUCCAUUUUAGAUCAUUCUUAUGUGUUUUUCUGGGAAAUAAGAGUUGUAAAAAUGUUGUCCUCAAGAUUCACCCCACACAUAGGAAAGAUGAGAAAAUUCUGAUCAGAAAGUUAAAACUUUUUAAGUUUCUCAUAAGUUUUCCUAUGCUUUUCUCAAUGCAACCAAAAAAGUGGCGUUGGAAACUCUCUUUCUUUUGUUCCCACCACCCCCCCUUCUCCUUUUUGGGCACUUGGAACACAACUGAAUGCAGCCUGUAAGCUUGAACAAUUAAUUAUAAAUUGAUUCCUCUUUCCCAUUCCUGACUGAAAAUAAUUUAUAAAUAAUUAUAAAUUAUUUAUACAAAAGAAAAUAAUUAAAGUAUUGAUAAGAGAUUGCUUUGACUCUUUAUUUUUUAGUUAGCUUCUUUUGUUACUUUUCUUUUGCUAUGCUUUCAUGUAACAAUGCUAACAUCUAGAAUGUUGCAAAAGAAGCUAAGAGCGUUAAUCUCUUGAUAUCUAGAAAAUUAGUUUCUCUUUUCCAUUUCUGCAUGUCACGUUGGGAAAAUUGAUUUCUACAGAACAAUGGAGAGAUUGUUUUUUGAUUAUUGAUUUGCUAGUUAGCUUCUUUUGUGAGUUUUCUCUGGCUAUAAACUCAUGUUGUAACUCUUUGAGAACAGUGUUAAUUCCUAGAUGUUGUGAGAGCUCUCUGGUUUGUGCAUUUAGGCCUAUUGAUCCGUGGUGUUGUGAUUCCAUUACAUGAGAUUGAAUUAUCUACUCAUAAAUUUGUUCAAGAUGAAAAGUAUGCAUCCUUGUUUGUAAUCUUUCUUGCUUGAUAAUCAAUAGUUGGAGUUUGGCAACACUAUUUCCUACUCCCCCAUCCCAGCUAAACACCUAUUUCCUCCCUACUAUUGAUUAACGAGCAACCAAAUAAAUCCCUUGUCCAUUUCAUUCGAUCAGGCUUGCACCAGAUCCAACCUCGUCCCCAAUUGUUAUUAUAUCACAGCUCUACACAUAGGAAUCGAGAGACUUAUGUCUUGAUUAAUGAUUUGGCUAGGUGGGGAUUGAUAAUAAAUUGUUAGUGAGAUUGAAGUUGAUUUAAUCUUCUUUUUAGUUACAGUGUCUUUGUGCUAAACAUUUUCAUGAGAUUAUGAUUUGGCUCAUUGUUUAUGUAGGACUGUAGGUUCAAGAUUAUAUUUCAUCUAGAAAUUAUUUAAGAUGUGCAUCCUAUGUUGAAAUUUGAAGCCAACUGAAUGUAAUCAUUUCAAUUGGAUUCUAUAGCAUAUAGUUGCAUUGAUUCAUCAUAUGGGAGUUUUGGGUUGGAAGAGUUCUGUGUGGGAAUGUUUCCUUGCAAUACUAAGUUGUAGUGCCCACCCUCCCUCGGAUCCUUUCCCUUCCCCCCUGCCAAAAGAAAAAAAUAGUUGCAUUGAUUCAUCAUAUGGGAGUUUUGGGUUGGAAGAGUUUUGGGUGGGAAUGUUUCCUUGCAAUACUAAGUUGUAGUGCCCACCCUUCCCCCUGCCAAAAUAAAAAAAUUGCUUUGGAGGAUUUUGAGUUGGGUUUUGUAAAGAUGCUGUGUAGUUUUUUUUUACACGGUUUUUUCCCCUUUUGUUAUACUUAUUUGCAAAUUUUAUUUUCAUUGUCCUGUUUGUUGACUCUUUUGAGCUUCAUGGUAGGAUAAAUAUGUGAUUCUAACUAUUUGAUAGACUGGUAAGGCUUGGAUUAUCCAUUUGUCAAAUUUCAGGAUCAAAUUCAAUCAAAUGCCAUCGCAUAUUUGUUCAUGGAUCUUUGUAUUUUAUCAGCCAUCUGGCUAUAUCCAUGUGUAAGGAGACGGCCUCUCGUGUGAAGCAGGUGGUAAGGCUCCGACAGUUGCCCCUCCUAGACCCUGCAGUAGCGAGAGCUUUGUGCACUAUGUUGCUCUUUCUUGUUGUCUUUAUCCAUGUGUCCUCCCAUGGUCCCUUGCUUUAUUCAGUCAUUUGGCAAUCUCUAUUUGGACUGAAACUUGUAAACAGGGUUUUUUAGCCAGAAAAAAAAGGACAUAUAGGCAGGGAAACUUGAGUUCUAUCCCUGCACAAAAUUUGAGCCCAUCAUAUGAUCUGGUAUGUAGCAGAUAAAUGGGCCAUUCUUAUAGCUGUUUUGUGAUACAUUUUAUACAAUAUUUUCUUACCCGAGAGAUCAGGGCUAAACUGAGGGCCGGGCCGGGCCGGGCCGGGCCAUUUCGGGAUCGUGCCAGUUGAACUGAUCUGGUCCUUUGACAGUAUCAAAUCCUUACUGAAAUUUCUCAGUUCUCUUCAAAUGUGGAGGCGGCCACCUUGAGGAUGGAGUAAAGGGCUUGUGUAGCACUUGCAAUAUUCUGAUUUACAUUAAUUUCCUCCGUAUUGCCUUCAAUUUCAGGGUUCUGGAUGUCUACAACUUGUCUAUCUUCAUCCUUAAGUUUUUAAACUUUGAGAAGAUGCAACAAAGAUUCUGUUGAAGGGUCUC